AUGGCAGUUGGGGCUCCCGCUCACGGCAUUCACGAUGUGGCUCUGCAACGUCGACAAAAGCUUAUAGGGGCCAGUGGCCAGCGGCUUUACAUUGCCUUGUUCGCUUGCAUUGGAGGAUUGUUAUAUGGUUACAAUCAAGGCGUUUUUUCUGGUGUGCUCACUAUGAACUCAUUUAUGUCUCGCAUGGGAAAUUAUGAUAGCACAGAUCCAGCAGAUCAAGCAGAAAAGGAUGAGGCAUUGAGCAGAAAGUACGGGAUUCUAAUUGCUACCCGGUAUGCUCCUUUUUUCCAAGUCCCUAUACGCAAAGAGUUUCAAAUGCCUAGGAAGAGAUCGCAUCGGGUUGAAAAGGUUAUUGACAUUCUAUGCUCAAAUAUAGCUGUAUUUAUCAUCGGCGUCAUAGUCCAAGCGACUGCUAUCUCCGUUGGCCACUCCGCCAUCUUGGGCGGUCGUUUCAUAACUGGAAUGGGCGUGGGAAGUCUCAGUAUGAUCGUCCCCAUGUACAAUGCCGAAGUCGCUCCGCCUGAAGUACGUGGAUCUCUCAUUGCUCUCCAACAACUUGCCAUCUGUGCCGGUAUCAUGAUAUCCUUCUGGAUCGACUACGGCACAAACUAUAUAGGGGGAACUGGUGCGACGCAAUCCGAUGCAGCAUGGCUUGUACCAAUUUGUCUGCAGCUCUUCCCGGCUGUGAUUCUUUUUGUCGGCAUCUUGUUCAUGCCUUUCUCGCCUAGAUGGCUAGUGCAUCACGGAAGAGAAGCGGAGGCUAGGAAAGUGCUAGCACAACUGAGAAACUUACCCCAAGACCAUGAGUUGGUAGAAAUAGAGUUUUUGGAAAUCAAGAUCCAGAGUUUGUUUGAAAAGAGAUCGAUCGCAGAAUUAUGGCCUGGUCUCCAAGAAUUAACUUGGAUGAAUACCGCGAAAUUACAGUUUGUGGCAAUUGGGAGUUUGUUCAAAACAAAACCUAUGUUUAAGAGAGUGAUAGUAGCGACCGUUACUAUGUUCUUUCAACAGUGGACAGGUAUUAACGCAAUUCUCUACUACGCCCCUACAAUUUUCGCAUCCCUGGGUCUCUCCAGUAACACUGUCUCCCUUCUCGCCACCGGCGUUGUCGGCAUUGUAAUGUUCAUCGCAACCAUUCCAUCUGUCCUCUACAUCGACAAGUUAGGUCGCAAGCCCAUUCUUACAAUCGGUGCAAUCGGCAUGGCCACGUGCCACAUAAUCAUCGCUGUCAUCGUAGCCAAAAACAGAGAUUCAUGGGAGGAACAUAAAGCCGCGGGCUGGGCUGCUGUGGCUAUGGUUUGGCUCUUCGUAAUCCACUUCGGCUAUUCCUGGGGUCCCUGCGCCUGGAUUCUCGUAGCAGAAAUCUGGCCCCUCUCCAAUCGUCCCUACGGCAUCGCACUGGGUGCCUCCUCAAACUGGAUGAAUAAUUUCAUCGUCGGCCAAGUAACGCCUGAUAUGUUAAGUGGUAUUUCCUAUGGUACCUAUAUAAUAUUUGGGUUGUUAACCUAUCUCGGAGCGGUAUUCAUAUGGUGGGGUGUACCGGAGACGAAGAGAUUAGGCUUGGAGGAGAUGGACCUAGUGUUCGGUAGCGAAGGUGUAGGCCGUGGUGAUCUCGAAAGAAUGGAAGCUGUACGUCACGAGGUAGGGUUAGACAGGAUUCUUGGGGAGAUUAACACCAAUGGUGAUGUAUCGCCAAUAAAGGACAUUAAGAGUGAUCAGGCUGAGAAGAUUCAUGAGAUGUAGACGAAGUGGAUGAACAUUGAUGCAUCAGAUUCGCUGGUACUUUUUAUAAGGAUUAGGAAGUGUAACAGUCUUGGUAUAAUG